UCUACCAAUGAACUUUAGAUGGCUCAGAGGAGAGGACGAAGCGGAAUCGUUACAGAUCCUUGUUCGCCUCCAGUCUUUAAAGACAACUCGCGUUCUUCGCACUAUUCGCCUACAUCAUAUGCACUGGAACGGAUACCGGUCAUCUUUUUUGUUUUUUAUUUUAUCUCCAAAAUGCAACAGUUCGCAGUUGUGUCUUUUUUAUUUUCUUCGUCAGGGGAAGAUUUAGAAUAAUUUUGUUUUCUGUUACCCAUGUAGGAAUUUACAGUUGCCUCUGCAAUAACUUUUUUUUUUCUCAUAUUGUGGAAAAGUGAUGCAUACAGCGCCCUGUACAGUAACGUUGCUCCAUCUGCAAAACGAACGCAACCGUAACUGCUGAAGAAGCAAUAUGCUUCAUAUUUAAAGAUAUACCUCGCAUGCAUUUUUUGUGAAGUUUAGAAACUGGUUUUUAAAUACAUAUUCGUUUCUGCAAAUCAAGGGUACACGAUGCAGGUAUUUUUGGCGGCUGCUGUUUUGCUUUCUAUUCAUGAUUUCAUCGGAGCCGAACCCAGAACCAAAUGCCCGGACCGUUGCGAUGUGAGCACGUGCCCGAGCCCCAGCUGCCCCAGCGGCUAUGUCCCUGACCGCUGUAACUGCUGCUUGGUUUGCGCUAACGGCGAGGGAGACGCCUGCGGGCGCAAGGAUGACUUGCCGUGCGGCGACGGUCUCGAGUGCAAGCAUCCCGCCGGCAAGCGGCUUUCGAAGGGCUUCUGCCAGUGCAAGAUGGGUUAUAAAGUCUGCGGCAGUGACGGGAACACAUACGGCAACGUCUGCCAGCUGAAGGCGGUGAGCAGGAAGGCUCUACAGCAAGGUCUGGCCGCUAUCACCCUGGAGCAGAAAGGACCGUGUGAACCCACCACAGGUCCUUCAAACCCCAUCAGUCCCAGGUACAAGUUUAACUUCAUCGCUGAUGUUGUGGAGAAGAUCGCCCCCGCGGUAGUGCACAUAGAACUCUUCCUCCGGCACCCUCUCUUUGGCCGAAACGUUCAGCUGUCCAGUGGCUCUGGCUUCAUCAUGUCCGAGACAGGCCUCAUCGUGACCAACGCCCACGUGGUGUCCAGCACGACGCCGGUCUCCGGGCAACAGCAGGUCAAAGUGCAGAUGCACAACGGGGACGUCUACGAGGCCACCAUUAAAGACAUCGACAAGAAGUCUGACAUCGCCACCAUCAAAAUCAAUCCGCAGAAAAAGCUGCAGGUGCUGCUGCUGGGCCACUCCGCCGACCUCCGGCCCGGGGAGUUCGUGGUUGCCAUCGGCAGCCCCUUCGCCCUGCAGAACACCGUGACGACGGGCAUCGUCAGCACGGCGCAGCGCGACGGCAAGGAGCUGGGCCUCCGCGACUCGGACAUGGACUACGUCCAGACCGACGCCAUCAUCAACUAUGGGAACUCUGGAGGACCCCUUGUAAAUCUGGAUGGCGAGGUGAUUGGGAUCAAUACCCUGAAAGUGGCUGCUGGGAUAUCCUUUGCCAUUCCCUCAGACAGAAUAACCCGCUUCCUCAAUGAAUCUCUAGACAAACAGGCCAAAGAAGUGAGGUCAGUGAAGAAACGCUUUAUUGGAAUCCGGAUGCUUACAAUCACACCAGCGCUGGUGGAAGAACUGAAGCAGCAGAACCCGGACUUCCCCGAGGUCAGCAGCGGGAUCUACGUCCACGAGGUGGUGGCCAACUCCCCAGCGCAGAAAGGCGGCAUCAGGGACGGUGACAUCAUCGUGAAGCUGAACGGCCGCGCGCUGAUGACCACCAGCGACCUGCAGGAGGCGCUGCUGGAGGAGACGUCCCUGCUGCUGGAGGUGCGCCGUGGCAACGACGACCUGCUGUUCAACAUCGAGCCCGACAUCAUCAUGCAGUGAGAGGGACGCAGAGCAGGGGGAGGGGCGGCCUCGCCACGUGGAACUGUGAACCUGAUUUUUAAACAUGAAGAAAAAAAAGAAACUGUACUGUGUUUUUUUUUUUUCCCUCUGGGCCGGCUGCUGUUGA